AUGAUUUUGAGAACUUACCAGAAGCUAUGAAUGGUCUCUCCCGUUUGAAAAAUCUCUGGCUUAGAAACUGCUUCAAGCUCAAGGAGUUGCCAAAGCUUACACAGGUGCAGACACUGACUCUUACCAACUGUAGGAACCUCAGAUCACUGUUGAAACUAUCUGACACAAGUGAGGAACAAGGAAGAUACUGUUUGCUUGAGCUUUGCCUUGAAAACUGCAACAAUGUUGAGUUUUUGUCAGACCAGCUCAGUCAUUUCACCAAGUUGACAAAUUUAGAUCUCAGCGGCCAUGAGUUUGAUGCAUUGCCAUCAAGCAUCAGAGAUCUUACCGCACUGGUAACUCUUUGCCUUAAUAACUGCAAGAAUCUCAGAUCAGUGGAAAAACUCCCACUGAGUCUACAGUUUCUUGAUGCACACGGAUGUGAUUCCCUUGAAGAAGCUGAUUCUGUAGAACAUUUUAGGGACAAACCAAACGAAGAGGUAAAGCAAAGAACCUUUUUCAAAGAAACUGAGAUGCCCUUUUAUGUACUGAAUCAUCAAGCCACAAGGAUCUGCCAUAUCAUCCACCUUCUCAAGAAUACAACUGCACUCAUGUUUAUAGGCAUUCCUAUCUGCAUCAUGCUAGUGGCUGUUCUAGUUGCUUCUCUCCUACGUGUUUUCAAGUGAACUUCAAGGCUCAAAACUAAUGUGUAACCGCUAAGUAAUAGCGUUAUACAUUAUUUUGCAGGGAGCGCGACUGUGAUCAGUUUCACCACACCUUCUACAGGUCCUUGCUCUUCACCCUAUGACACCUUGUUGCAUGAACAAUCAAUUUGAUGUUGAGAACUUUCAAUAACGGUUAAUGAUAUUAAUAACAACUCACAUCAGUGCAUGUUCGGUAUCAGCUGAAGUUAUCUUAGGUCUACCUUGAAUUAACCUUUUGACAACAUCCUUGUCUUCUUUGGCCUACCAGGAUGACACUUUGUAAUUGGAGGUUGUUAGGCUUAGAGAUCCAAGUGUG